GGACCGACGCCGGGGCCUGGGCUGGGAGCGGAGCCGGGGAAGCUGAGCCCGCCCCGGGGAGGUCCCCGGCGUCCGCCCGCUGCCGGAAGGGGCGGCCCAGGCCCCGCCAUGCCGCCAGCCCUCACCGGGGGGCGGCUGCUCCUGGGGGCAGCCCCUCGCCGUUACCGGCCCCACGUCGCCGAGCGGCUGCGACUUUUCCAGCGGCUCCAAGCGGCCCGGGAGAGGAGGGCUGGGGGUGAUGAUGAUGAUGGGGGGAAGCCCCCAGCGGGGACCCCCAUCCGCAUCGUCCUGCCCGGGGGGCGCUGCCUGCACGGCCGAGCCCUGCAGACCACCCCUCGGCAGGUGGCCGAGCAAUUGGGGUCGGGCCUGGCCGCCUCGGUGCUGGUGGCCCGGGUGAACGGGGCCCUGCGGGACCUGGAGCAGCCCCUGGAGAACGACACCGACCUGGAGCUGCUCGAUUUCGCCACGCCGGAGGGGCGGGUGGCUUUCUGGCAGUCCAGCGCCUUUGUUUUGGGAGCAGUGCUGGAGCAGUUCUACGGAGCCACGCUCUGCAGCACCGUGGCCACCGAGGAUGGCUUCUUCUGUGACGCCCACAUGGGGGACAGGACGGUGCAGCGCAGCGAGCUGCCGGCGCUGGAGGACGCCUGCGUGGCCUUUGCCCGUGCCCAGCAUCGCUUUGAGCGCCUGGAGGCCACCCGCGAGCAGCUGGCGGAGCUCUUCAAGCACAACAGCUUCCAGCUGCAGCGGAUCCAGGAGGAGGUGACGUCCCCCACGGCCACUGUCUAUAGGUGCGGCCCACUGCUGCAGCUCUGCCGCGGCCCCCUCCUCGGGCACACGGGGCUGAUCGGGGCCCUCCGUGUCCUGACGAGCUCGGCCGCGUUUUGGGGGGACCCCGCGGAGCGCCGGUCGCUGCAGCGCGUCGCUGCCAUUGCCUUCCCCAGCACCCAGGAGCUGGAGGCCUGGCAGCAGGCGCAGGAUGCGGCCGCUCUCCGCGACCACCGCCGCAUCGGCCGGGAGCAGGAGCUCUUCUUCUUCCACAAGCUCAGCCCCGGCAGCUGCUUCUUCCUGCCCCGCGGCGCCCACGUCUACAACGCCCUCGUCGACUUCAUCAGGAGCGAGUACCAGGCGAGGGGCUUCAGCGAGGUGGUCACCCCCAACGUCUUCAGCCCGCGCCUCUGGGAGCUCUCGGGGCACUGGCAGCACUACAGCGCCCACAUGUUCUCCUUCUCCGCCGGCACCGAGACCCUCUCGCUCAAACCCAUGAACUGCCCGGCCCACUGCCUGAUGUUCGCUCACCGGCCGCGAUCGUGGCGGGAGCUGCCGCUGCGCUUGGCCGACUUCGGGGUCCUGCACCGCAACGAGCCCCCCGGCUCCCUGACCGGGCUGACGCGGGUGCGGCGCUUCCAGCAGGACGACGCGCACAUCUUCUGCACGCUGGAGCAGCUGGAGGAGGAGAUCGGCGGCUGCCUGGACUUCGUACGGACGGUCUACGCCGUGCUGGGCUUCUCCUUCCGCCUGGCGCUGGCCACGCGCCCCGACGGCUUCCUGGGGGACGCCGCGACCUGGGACCGCGCAGAGCAGCAAUUGGAGCGGAGCCUCCGGGAUUUUGGGGAGCCCUGGGAGCUGAGUCCAGGUGACGGCGCCUUUUACGGCCCCAAGGUGAGCUUCGCAUCGCGUCACAGGGGACGGGGGGGGUCCCAAAGGAGCCCGCGGGACACGAAGGGGCUCUUUGGGACCCCCAAAUUCUGUGUGUCG